UGUCUUCAUUUUCCUCCGCGAUUUUUCUCUAUCCAAACGCCAUCUUUCCGUGAAAGAAAAAUGGCCGAUCAGCUUACUGACGACCAGAUCUCUGAGUUCAAAGAGGCUUUCAGCCUAUUCGACAAGGACGGCGAUGGGUGCAUUACUACCAAGGAGUUGGGAACUGUAAUGUGAUCGCUUGGCCAGAACCCUACUGAGGCAGAACUCCAAGAUAUGAUUAACGAAGUUGAUGCCGAUGGAAAUGGAACCAUAGAUUUUCCCGAAUUCCUUAAUUUGAUGGCAAGAGAGAUGAAAGAUACUGAUUCGGAGGAGGAACUCAAAGAGGCAUUCAGGGUGUUAGACAAGGACCAGAAUGGUUUCAUUUCCGCCGCCGAGCUUCGUCAUGUCAUGACGAAUCUUGGUGAGAAGCUUACGGAUGAGGAGGUCGAUGAGAUGAUCUGUGAAGCUGACGUCGAUGGCGAUGGACAGAUAAACUACGAGGAGUUUGUCAAAGUCAUGAUGGCCAAGUAAGAGUCUUUAUCAAUCGAGAUCCGAAUAUAUUCUCGUUAGGACAUCUACGUGUUUUUUGUUGUGGGUUUCGUGUUUACAUUUGCUCUGUUUUGUUCAUUAGUAUCUAUCAUUUA